AUGCACUUCAACUCUAUCAUCGCCCUGGGCGCAAUGCUCUCUGGAGCUGUCGUCUCCGCAGCAGAUUGCGGGGGCUACGGCCUCUGCCCGACUCCCGCCUCAUCCCGCAAUCAGUUGUACGCUGCUCGUCAAACCGUUUGCGGUGAUGGACUGUACAAGAACUCCGGUUCUUACAAUGCUCAGGGUGGGGGUAAACUUACUUGGCCUGGAGGCUACGAUCAGCAAAGAUGCUGGGAUGCGUUCGAAAAUAUUUUGAAUCAAUGUCGUCCCGAGGGCCUGGGCCUUGGUAACCAUUUUGGGUCAUAUAACUGGUAUGGUCAGCUGUAUACUGUGCAUGGAUGCAGCAAAUAG